UAUAGCGUUCGCGUUUAACGCGACGCGAGAGUGAUGAAACGAAAGAUCGUUUAGCGGGAAAAUCUUUGGUUUUGUACUACAUGUAGUUCAGAAUUCUCUUGCAUCUUGUCUCCUUUGACCUGCCAGUGGACAUAGUGAGGGGGCCCACGGUCAUCCCACUUGGUUUUCCCCGUCAUAGGUAUACUUUUGCCGUCAAGAACCCGAAAGUUUGGCUAGCUGGAGCUCCAUAUGGUAUAAAAAUAAAAAAAAGUAACUAGCAUUAGCAAAGAUUCCAGGCGGCGCUCACCACGUGGUCUGGUCGUGUAACUAGUACGCGGUAUUUAUAGCAUGCCUACCGGUAGCUUGUCUAACGUGUUACGUAGCUUGGAAUACCCAGGAAGGAACCAUCUGUACUCGACUCUAGCAUGUCUAUGGGAGAUUCGCCAGUAGUACUGACGAAUUUCCUACGUCAUGUACCGAAAGAGCUGGGUGCUUUUUGCAAUGGAUCGAGUAGAAGAUCGUGCAUUGGUAUUGGUCAGCGAACCGACCAGGCGCUACUGCAGCAUCCCGCUGACAACACAACCUGUGGCAAACAGACUGCCAACCUUGUACCAGAGACUCGCAUCAUCGGAGGGAAGAACGCCCAGGAAGGGGAAUGGCCCUGGCAGGCUGCCAUGCUGCUUGGCGGCGGACAAUUUAUAUGCGGAGCAUCUCUGAUUGAUCCUGAAUGGAUCCUGACUGCAGCACACUGUGUAGUUACAGCAACGGAACAUCCUGAGUUAUUUGAAUUCAGAAUGGGAGUCAGCAAUUUAAAAAACGAAUCUGUUCACAUGCAACAGCGUAGGGCGAUGGCCUUGUAUAUACAUCCCGGUUACAAGGUCAGUUACGGGUUCAACUAUAAACCGCCCUUCGAUAUCGCGCUCUUCAAGCUGGAGUCAGCCUUCAAUAUCACAGACUAUGUGAGGACGGUGUGCUUGCCUGAGGAAGGGACUAAUAUUACAAGUGGUGCAACUGUUACGAUAACUGGAUGGGGGCUCACAGACCCACUGGUCGGUACACCUGCUGAAGAUCUUCAGGAGCUGGAAACAGUAGUAGUGGACCAGAGCGCAUGCAAGUUAAACUGGGAAACGAUGUUUGACAUCCGAGAUGAAAUGCUAUGUGUGGCAUUGGCUAGUGGUGACGGCUCCUGCUAUGGUGACAGUGGAGGACCAUUGGUCAUGAAGACUGACGAGCAAUGGGUGCUUCACGGAGUCACUAAUUUUGGAUUUCCUUAUUGCUCAUCCAGCAAUGCUCCCAAUGUCUAUGCCAGAGUCAGCUCUUAUCUGGAUUGGAUCCAGCCUGUGUUUGAACAAGGGGAACCUGAUAGCCAGCCUGUUAAACAGUUUUGUACAUCCAACGACUAUCGAUGUUUACUUGGAGCGUGCCUCGACCGAUCUGUCAAGUGCAAUCGUCAAGCUGAAUGUAUUUCCGGAAGUGAUGAGGAGUUUUGUGAUGGAUUGAUGAUCCUCUUCGACGCUUUUUACAAUGUCCGCCUGAACGACACAUCCAUCCGGGAAAGUGUUCCAGUCAACUCACCUGAAGAGUGCGCACGCAUCUGUCUGGAUAAUGAGAAGUUCCGUUGCUAUGCAUUUGAUAUCAUUACCAUGGAUAACGAAACCAUCUGUGCAAUGGCUGAGGAGGGAUAUGCUGUGACAUCUCAUAAUAGUCCAUUUUAUGACAGGAGUGUAGUACAUUUUCAGUUGGAUCCAACUGUAGACAGCAAUCCUAAUCUAAAUAUGACUCAACGUACAGGAUUCAUUAGCACACCCCUGAAAUUUAGUGACGAAUAUGAAGGCCCAGAAAUUGUCAGAUUAGCCCUGUCUAUUCACCCGCCGGGAGGGGUCAACCAGAUCACCUUCACGUUUGCCGGAGUCGAGACAGACGAGGAGGAGGGAGUGGGAGACUCAUGCCAGAAUUUUGUUGAACUUAACGGGACGCAGACAGACAGCGUGAUGGCUACACAGGAGCGUAUCUGCCUGUACGCCUUGAAGGAGAACAACGUGGUGGAAAUCAAAGGCUGGUCAUUUAAACUGGCAUACAACACUGCCAACAUCACAAGAAAUAAAUUUGUGGCUAUAUUUAAAGCAGAAUGGAAGUGUGAUGAAGCAAUCAUGGUAGACGAUGAUGAUGUUGGCUACAUUACAUCUCCUCUGUACCCAGCCCCUUAUCCAUUAUACCUGAAUUGUCACACUCUCCUGAUGGCACCUGAAGGCGCCCAAGUGGUUCUGGAGUUGGUCUACUUUGAUAUAGUCUUGUGUUCCUCUGGAGACAACAUCGCCAUUUAUGACGGCCCUAGCGAAUCGUCUGAGCUACUCAUCAGCUGCUACAGUGGUGUUUCGGAGCCACCCCAACAACUAACCAGCUCCAAGGGGGCGCUGUUGAUUGUUUUCACGUCAGAUGGCAGCAGCAUUUUUCCUGAUAAUCCAGGAUUUAACUUGGCCUACUACAGCCGUGGCGAAUUUGAUCGUGACAACACAACCUGUGGCCUGCAGACUGCCAACCUUGAACCAGAGACUCGCAUCAUCGGAGGGAAGAACGCCCAGGAAGGGGAAUGGCCCUGGCAGGCUGCCAUGCUGUUUGAUGGACGCUUUGCAUGCGGAGGAUCUCUGAUUGAUCCUGAAUGGAUCCUGACUGCAGCACACUGUGUCGGCACUGCUACAGCCCAUCCUGAGCUCUAUGAAUUCAUAAUGGGGGCCAACAAUUACCGUGAAGGAUCAGAAAACAUGCAACGGCGCAAAGCAGUGGCCAUGUAUGUGCACCCAGGAUACAGUAUCGCUGGGAUCAACAAGUACGACUUCCACUACGAUGUUACACUGUUCAAGCUGGAGUCAGCCUUCAACAUCACAGACUACGUGAGAACUGUGUGCAUGCCCAUGCAAAAUAUGACAGAUUUUCCUGAGGAUAUGGUUGGUACGAUAACUGGAUGGGGAUUCAUUAGUUUCACUGGCUCGGUUAGUGAACAUCUUCAAGAAGUGGAGUUGUUCCUGGUGAACCAUACAACGUGUGCUUCCCAGUGGCUGGAGUAUGGUGGCCUUAUCUCUCCCUCGAUGGACAACUUAAUUUGUGUGGGACGUCCCGGCGAUAAUGAUGGCAAAAGCGCAUGUUUUGGUGACAGUGGAGGUCCAUUGGUUAUAGAGUUAGACGAGCAAUGGGUGCAGCUUGGAGUAGCAAAUUUUGUGGGUAAUGGCUGCUCAACGGAGUAUGUUCCCAAUGUCUAUGCUAGAGUCGACGCAUAUCUGGAUUGGAUCCAGCCUGUGUUUGACCAGAAGGAACCUGAAGGCCAGCCUGUUUAUGAGUUUUGCCCAUCCAAGGGCUACCGGUGUGAGCUUGGAGCAUGCUUAGAUCGAUGGGUCAAAUGCAACGGCCAAACCGACUGUACUUCUGGAAGUGACGAGAUGUAUUGUGAAGGACUAAUGCUCUUCUUCGAUGCAUUUUACACUGUCCGCCUGAAUGACACAUCCAUCCGGGAAAGUGUUCCAGUCAACUCAUCUGAAGAGUGCGCAGGCAUCUGUCUGGAUAAUGAGAAGUUCCGUUGCUAUGCAUUUGAUGUCAUCACCGUGGAUGGCGAAAUGAUCUGUGCAAUGGCUGAGGAGGAAUAUGCUGUAAUGCCUAAUGAAGCUGUGGUUAUCGGCCAGCGAAACAUGGCCGAUUACAGAGUAGUACAUUUUCAACUGGAUCCAACUGUUGUGGACAAUGCUUUUGAUGGAAGUCGGCAUGCUGGAUUCAUAAGCACACCCCUGAAGUUUAGUGAUGACUAUGAUGGGCCAGAAAUGGGCAUAUCCCUGUUUAUUUCACCAACUGGAGGGGUCAACCAGAUCACCUUCACGUUUGCCGGAGUCGAGACAGACGAGGAGGAGGGAGGAGGAGACUUAUGCCAGAAUUUUGUGGAACUUAACGGGACGCAGACAGACAGCGUGAUGGCUACACAGGAGCGUAUCUGCCUGUAUGCCUUGAAGGAGAACAACGUGGUGGAAAUCAAAGGCUGGUCAUUUCAACUGGAAUUCCAUGCUGCCAAUGUCACAACUAAUGGAUUUGUGGCUGUAUACAAAGCAGAAUGGAAGUGUGAUGAAACAAUCAUGGCAGAGGAUACCGGCUACAUUACAUCUCCUCUGUACCCAGCCCCUUAUCCAUUAUACCUGAAUUGUCACACUCUCCUGAUGGCACCUGAAGGUGCCCAAGUGGUUCUGGAGUUGGUCUACUUUGAUAUUUCCUUGUGUUUCUAUGGCGAUAACAUCGCCAUUUAUGACGGCCCUAGCGACUCGUCUGAGCUACUCAUCAGCUGCUCCAGUGAUGUGUCGGAGCCACCCCAACAACUAACCAGCUCCAAGGGGGCACUGUUGAUAGUUUUCAUGUCGGACGGCAACAACGCUUCUUCUUCUCUGAAUCAAGGAUUUAACUUAACCUACCACACUGUUCCCGGCCCUGAUGCAGAUGCCUGUGGCCUACAGCCAGCCCUGUUGGAUCCGGAGAGCAGAAUCAUUGGUGGUCAGCCAGCACAGGAGGGGGAGUGGCCAUGGCAAGCCGCCAUGUUCUAUGAUGGACAGUGGACAUGUGGGGGCUCCCUCAUACAUCCGCAGUGGAUACUCACUGCUGCUCAUUGUCUGCAAACUGCCAUCAAAUACCCAGAGAUGUACCAGUUCCGAAUGGGCAGCAACAACAUCAAAACCGACUCAGUAAACACCCAGUGGCGAAGAGCUGCAGAGAUAUACAUGCAUCCUGACUUCAAAAUUGCCUCCGCUGCCGAUUUCGACAUUGCUUUGUUUAGGCUGGAGGUUCCCUUCAAUAUCACCAAUUUUGUCCGGACUGUCUGCUUGCCUGAAGACUCAAUGCUAGAACUUCCAGUCCAGUCUGCGGUAACUGUUACUGGAUGGGGCAAGACCAAACCUUUUGGUGAAGCUAGUGACUACCUACUUGGGGUAGAGUUGUAUGUUGUGAACCAGACGGUGUGUUCUGCACAGUGGAAGGAGUAUGCAUCUUAUGCCAUCAUCACUGAUAAUAUGCUGUGUUUAGGACGACCCGACAAGAGCCCAUGCCAGGGGGACAGCGGAGGGCCAGUGGUGGUGAAGAAUGGACAGCAGUGGAUAGUAGUUGGCGUGGUCAGUUUUGGCACUGGGGACUGUAAUUCCACGGCGUUGCCUGCAGUGCAGACUAGAGUUAGCUCAUUCCGGGAAUGGAUACAACCGAUAUUUGAAGGAGGGGAACCAGAAAGACAAGACAGUGAUUGCUCUGACAAUGAGUACUUGUGUCAAUUGGGAGGUUGCAUCAAUCGCAGUCUGAAGUGUAAUGGCAUGAAGGAUUGCACGUCUGGCAGUGAUGAGCAAUACUGCGAAUCACUGGAGCUUGUCUUUGAUGCAUUCUACGACAUCCGCUUGGACGGCUCGUCCAUUCGCAAAACUGUGACUGUGCAAUCAACAGACGAGUGCACCCAAAUCUGUCUGGAUCAGCAGGACUUUAGUUGCCGCGCCUUUGACUUUAUCACCUCUGGAAGCACGAUGAAGUGUGCCAUGGCUGAGGAUGGGUUUAGCGUGGUGCCAAAUGUUAGAACAAUAUCAGCAAGAAGUUUAGCCAUCAUGGCCAUUGCCGAAAGUGUGGUGCACUUUGAGGUGGUUCCAGUUGGUUCACCCUCUGAUACUGUGGAGUACCGUGGGGUGAUAUUGUCACCGGGAAAAUUCUCCUCUGACUAUACCGGCCCCUGAUCGGUGUCUUCUCUGUGUGGAUUAAACCAUACGGGAAGGUCAACACUCUCACCAUCAACAUUGCCGAUGUGACAACCACCGAAGAUGCAAGCGUGGCUGACUGCAAAAAU